AUGGAGGAAGUAGCUGCCCACAUGGGUAAGGCAGCAGUAUUCUCUGUGUUAGAUGCCAAGAGCUCCUUCUGGCAAAUCCCCCUGGAUCAUGCAUCAUCUAUGUUUACCACCUUCAACGCUGCUUUCAGCCACUACAGAUUCUUGCAGAUGCCGUUCGGUAUCAGUUUGGCCAGUGAGGUGUUUCAGCGUUCUAUGGAACAACUCUUUGAUCGAUUCCCUUGUGCAAUCAUCGUGGAUGACAUAAUUGUUACUGGCAAAUACAUGGAACAGCAGGAUGCUAAUUUAAAGAAAGUGCUCAAGCAUGCCAGGGAAAUUAACUUGAAACUUAAUCCCCACAAGUGUCGGUUCCGUCCUGUCAACUUGACCUGCGACGCAUCCCUGUACAGCCUCGGCACUGCGUGCCUGCAGGAUGGCAAUACCUAUGCUUCCAGAAUGAUGGUGGACACAGAGACAAGGUAUGCUCAGAAGGAAUUGCUGCCGGUAGUCUUUGCAUGUGUCAUAUUCAACGAUUACAUCUUUGUCGACUUUAUUCAUCCUUCCUGUCUGGAUACUCUGGUGGCUCACACGGCAGAGGAUGCAACUCUGCAGAUACUCACCUCAAUCAUCAAUCACGGAUGCCCCAGGAAGCAGCAUUUGCUUCCGCCUCCUGUCCAGCCUUACUUUCGUGUCCGAAACGAACUUGCCAUUGAAAAUGGAGUCAUCAAGAAGGGCCAUAAGGCAGUGAUCCCAGCUUCGCUCCAACAGAAGUACUUUAACGCCAUACACAGAGGACAUCCUGGUUGCGAGGCAACUGAUGAGUCAUCAUUUUGGAGUGAGAUGAUUGGGGAAUUUCUGGUGCCUCUCAAAAAUGACAAAGACCAAAUAGCACAGGCGCAGAAAGAUCUCAUAAAUCUGAGGAAUAAGUACCCUCUUCCUCUUAUCUCCUCUGCAUUUGAACUGUUAAAAGACGCUGCAGUAUUCACUAAGUUAGAUCUUAGAAAUGCGUAUCAUCUGGUGAGGAUAAGGGACGGGGAUGAAUGGAAAACUGCGUUUAACACACCCAGUGGUCAUUAUGAAUAUCUGGUCAUGCCGUUUGGUCUUACUAAUGCUCCAGCAGUUUUUCAAGGCAUGGUUAAUGAUGUAUUACGGGACAUGCUGAACCGAUUUGUGUUUGUGUACCUUGAUGACAUUUUGAUUUUUUCUCCAGACGAGACUUCCCAUGUGCAGCAUGUACACCAGGUGCUAGAACGUUUGCUCCUGAAUGAUCUGUUUGUGAAAGCUGAGAAAUGUGAAUUUCAUGUUAACACUGUUCAAUUCCUUGGUUAUGUUGUAUCACCUGCUGGUAUACAGAUGGACCCGAGCAAGGUCAGUGCUGUGGCCACCUGGCCUACACCCUCCAGUCGUAAGCGACUUCAGGGGUUCCUUGGGUUUGCUAAUUUUUAUAGGAAGUUUAUCCGGAACUUUAGUGUCACUGCUGCACCACUCCAUGCUCUUACCUCACCCCACGUGCCUUUCUCUUGGUCCUCUCAAGCAGAAACUGCAUUUAUGAGACUCAAGAGGAGCUUCUCCUCAGCCCCCAUCCUGGUUCACCCUGACCCGUCACUCCAGUUCGUGGUUGAGGUGGACGCCUCGGGUGUGGGCAUCGGGGCCGUACUCUCACAGAAAUCCCCCACAGAUGGUCGAUUACAUCCCUGCGCUUUCCUCUCAAAGAAGCUUUCUCCUGCUGAGAGAAAUUACGAUGUGGGUAACCGUGAACUGUUAGCGGUUAAAACAGCCUUGGAGGAAUGGAGACAUUGGUUGGAGGGUACCAAGCAGCCGUUUCUAGUUUGGACAGACCACAAAAACCUGGAAUACAUCAAGUCAGCCAAACGCCUCAACUCGCGCCAAGCA